CCUUCUUUUUUUUUCUCAUACAAACCUUUUUUUUUAAUAAUAACAAUUCAACAACAAUGUCAUUAAAACUUCGUCCUACUUUAGAAGAAAUACAAACCAUGGUAGCGGAAGGUCAAGGAAAUACCAUUCCCAUCUACGCUGAAUUGGAAGCCGACUUCUUAACACCUGUUUCCGCGUAUUUAAAAGUAGCUGAUAAAUGUGAUUAUUCCUUUUUACUUGAAUCUGUUGCUGGUGGUGAAACUAUUGGUCGGUAUUCUUUUAUUGGUGCAGAUCCUUACAAGUUAUUAAAAGUAGGUCCUGAUCAAGAUAUACAAGGAGAUCCUUUGAUUGCUGUUGAAAAAGAAUUGGAACAUAUCAAAUACGUCAAAAUACCAGGUCUUCCUAGCUUUACUGGAGGUGCGGUUGGAUAUAUUGGUUUCGAAUGCUUUGAAUAUUUUGAACCUAGUGUGAAAGGUGAUUUGAAAGAUCCUGUUGGACUUCCCGACGCGGUGUUUAUGCUUUGUGAUACUUUGGUGAUCUUUGAUCGCGUACGUCAGGUGAUUAAUGUAGUAUCUCAUUAUCGAAGUGACAGCAAGGAUAAGGAAGUCAUCGAACGUGAAUAUGCACGUGCUGCUGGUGAAAUCGAAACUACAGUAUUUUUAUUGAAUCAAGAACACAUCCCCAAGGUCCCGCAAUCACCAAUCCAACUUGGUCAAGAAGCAGUCUCUAACGUGGGUAAACAAGGUUAUAUGGAUUUUGUAUCGACAUUGAAACAUCACAUCAAAGAAGGUGAUAUUUUCCAAACAGUACCUUCUCAACGGCUUGCACGACCUACUACUCUACACCCAUUCAACGUCUAUCGUCAUCUACGAUCCCUGAAUCCUUCUCCUUAUAUGUUUUACGUCAAUUUGAAAGGUUUUACUAUUGUUGGUGCAUCUCCUGAAACAUUGACAAAAGUACAAGAUCGUGUGGUAUAUACACAUCCUAUCGCUGGUACAAGAAAACGUGGUAAAUCUAUACAAGAAGAUCAAGAAUUGGCGGCUGACUUAUUAGGUGAUCCAAAAGAACGUGCAGAACAUGUCAUGUUGGUGGAUCUCGGUAGAAAUGAUGUGAAUCGUGUAUGUGAUCCUUCUUCGGUAAAAGUGGACAAAUUGAUGGAAAUCGAAUUAUAUUCUCAUGUCAUGCAUAUUGUAUCCAAUGUAUCGGGAACUCUACGACCUGAUAAAACUCCUUUUGAUGCUUUCCGAGCCAUUUUCCCUGCUGGUACUGUAUCUGGUGCUCCCAAGAUCAAGGCUGUUGAAUUGAUUCGAAAGUUGGAAAAAGAAAAACGUGGUGUCUAUGCUGGAUCGGUCGGACAUUUUGAUUAUUCUGGUGAUUUGGACACUUGUAUUGCCAUUCGUACUAUGUUAUUCAAGGAUGGUGUAGCCUACUUGCAAGCUGGUGGUGGAAUUGUGUACGACUCUGUAGAAGAGGAGGAAUAUCAAGAAACUAUGAAUAAAAUGGGAUCAAAUCUUGCCACUCUUACUCAAUGUGAACAGAAGGUGUGGGAACAACAACAAGCGGAAAGCCAAUCAUCAUGAUCUUUCCUUUAGUAUAAUAUAGUAGUAGUACGUAGAUUUUUUGAUAUCCAAAUGAAACGAAAAAUAUAU